GGGCGGGGUACAAAGCGGCGUUACCUGGCCGGCAGGUGAGCCGCACAGGUGGCUGAGGCCCGGGCUGCGGGAUGCCGUUCUCCAGCUCCAGCGCGGACGACGCUUUCGAUUACCUCUUCAAGAUCAUCCUGAUCGGGGACUCCAACGUGGGGAAGACGUGCGUGGUGCACCGCUUCAAGACGGGGCAGUUCUACGAGAAGCAGCAGAACACCAUCGGAGUGGACUUCACCGUGCGCUCGAUGGAUAUCGACGGCAAGAAAGUGAAGAUCCAAGUGUGGGACACAGCCGGUCAAGAGCGCUUCCGGACAAUAACCCAGUCCUAUUACAGGAGUGCCCAUGGAGCCAUUCUUGCCUAUGACCUUACUAGGAGGUCCACGUUUGAGUCUAUUCCUCACUGGGUUCAUGAAGUUGAAAAGUACGGUGCUGCGAACUUGGUCAUGAUGUUAAUUGGGAACAAAUCGGACUCGGUGGAUAAGCGACAAGUCCUGUUUGAAGAUGCCUGCACGCUGGCUGAGAAGUAUGGGCUCCUAGCUGUAUUGGAGACAUCAGCCAAAGAAGCUCAAAACAUUGAAGAGGUGUUUGUGUUGAUGGCUAAGGAGCUGAUAGCCCGAAAUACCCUGCAGCUUCAUGGAGAGAGUCCUCCCAACAGCGUCUACCUUGAUUCCAGGCCAGUGAUCACCAGUCCAAGUGCAGAGAAGACGCAGUGCCUUUGUUGAGCGCUCUCUUCAGGAACAAAAAGUUGGAAGUCAUCAUUUUUUCUGAGGCUAUGUUUGAUCUCAGUUUAAUUCAGAUGAUGGAAGUUUGCUACAUGGCCUCGAGCCAUCUCUCAUAUUUCUACCUUGCAGUUUGGUGUGUAAGUAUCUUCAGAGAUCACUGUUGCUGUUGGCAGCACAGGUUGCUUUGAACGUGGCAACUGAUACCUUAGCAUGAACUUGUAAGCUGAGAGAGCUCGGGAAGCUGCCAGCCCUUCCCUUAACCAAAGAGAACUGUAAAAAAGAGAUUGCCUUUAACUGUAUCUUUGAGACAUUUCUCUGGCUAUGUCAGGAGAUAAAUUUGCACUAGAGCCUGCAUUGAUUUGAUUCUUCUGAGAUGUGCCGUCUGCUGUGGUGCAAGCUCUUCAGCUAGCAGCUUUAAAAUGUGAUAUGCUUGGACAGCACUAACCCACUGCUGCCUUGCCUUUCAUUUAGGGGAGGGCCUGAUGUCAGACACGGAGCCACCCAUGCCAAGCUAUUAAAUACCAACAUUUGUAAGAGGGUGCAAUUUCACAACUGUAUUACUUUCCUUACCAGACAAACCUGGACUCAUCCUCAAUGCUUCAAAGCAGGCAGAAUAUGGUAUGUUAGGGUCCCCACCUUCUCCCAGGAGUGAGAGCCACUGUCUUUCGUUUUGUUCUUGAAUUAUAAGAAUGGUAACUAGUAGUGAGCUGUCUUGUUAUACACAGAGUUAUUAGGAGUACUGAAGCUUCUGAGGCCACAGUAGCCUCCAUUAAUGCUGGGGUGAAAGGACUGCUUUGUUUUCCUAAGCCUGUCUUGCUUUUGAUGUACUCAUUUUAAUCAAAAGCUGACUGUUAGUUUGUGUGAAAGUGCAACGGUAGAGCGUGCCUGUAGAUUUUUUUCAAAGGCGUGUGAAAGAGGGGAUUCAGGUCUGUGUAAAACAGCAACAAGGAGUAUGGUUUGACAAUGCAACCUCACCUUAGAGCAGUGAAGGGAUGGGUGUUGAGCACAGAAGUACAUACGCUACUGCCUGGGAGACUUAACCAAACAUCUUGGUGAGCAGUGGAAGAUUUUGUCUUGUCCCUCCCAAGCCUUCAGAUUACACAGUCCACAUGCACUGAAGUGUAUCACUUAAGCUGUUAACGUUUAAGCUACGAACUAGAAAUCAUACUCUAUAAUGAUAAAAUGCAGUCUGGGUUACAUGGAAAGAAGCUUUGGGAAGGCGGGCAAGCUGCCACUUCAUGAGAUGGCACUUUACCUAUGUUUCACAAGUUCCUGAAAAGGAGGGAAAAAGAUGUAGCAAAUCCUUCUGGAAAAGCUGGUCUGAAAAGCACAAAAAAAUAGAGUAAAUCAUCUAUUUAGUCUUGAACAUAUUUCUAUUAUUAUUGCUUGCUCUGGCCAGGCUCUCUGCUACUGCACGCUAAGAACAGUGGUUAAUUCAGCUGCCUGUAAAGGGAGCAGAAAGCUGCACAGCUCAGGCUUGCAGUUGAGCUGUUGUGCUUUGUUCUGCACUGUUCCUUUCAUUUGUAUGGGUGUAAUGGUCUAUCUUUUUUUCAACAAUCUGGGCUUAAAUACCUACCCUGGCGCUCACCUUUGUGCAACUCAAACAGGAGUGUGUGCUCUCCUUUGGUUGCCUCUGCCUGGUGCCUUUCAGAAGCCCUGUAAGCAGUUAUAGGGAAUGGUUCCCACAGGGUCACUUUUCAUUCGCAGGAGGAGCUUAGAGUGAGCUGCAGCAGUUGCUGAGUUCUUCAGACUGCAGAUUAAUAGACUUAUUCAUGAGGUAGUACCUGACAUGAAGAAAACUAUCGAGUCUGUUAACAAGCUUUAUUCUGUUGUUCUGGAGUGUGCAAUAGCAACCAUUACAUGUGUAACUUUUGUCAGUGCCUUUCUCCAUCGCAGCAAAUGAAAGUGUGCAGCUGCUGCCCAUGCAAGUUAACCAAGAAACAUGUUAACCACUGCAGAGCCUUGUGUUCCCAUUUUUGCUCUUCCAGCAUCAUACAUGGAUCCAGUGUACUUCCUGAUGGCAUCACUAACGUGCUUGUAGCAAAGGUAGCUCUGUAAAUGUUGUUUACAGUGCUAUGCUACAAAUCACUACUGUCCCACAGUUGCAAGAGCUGUGCAUCCAGCUGGAGGAGGUGCUCGUUUGUUUUUACCUACGUGGAAGAAGUACUCAAACCGCAGCUGUCUGAAUUUGCUGUUGCACAUUCUUUGCACUGACAGCCACACCCAUGUCACAUGAAAUAGAGGCAGCACCUCCUCAAGCAGCAGGGCAGAGAACUGAAAGGAUUCUCAAAUGGAGCAUGCACUGAAACCUCUUAGAAGCUGACUGGCUUAAAAGUAAGCAUAAUUACAACCCAGUGAGGUGGAAGGCAUGUGGCACUGCUUAUGUGGUCACACUUUUCUACAUACAUAAGGAACAGGCUCUUAAUAGCAAAAGCUGAGGUUCUUGCCUAAUCAUUCUACUUAAGUAGAGUUGGAAAGGAGACCAAGAAGGCAUGGCUCAGGCCCAGAUGUGGUACAGAGCUCUGUCCUGGAGCCUCCUUUCAGGAAGCAGAUACGUGCCAGUGCUUUGGGACAGAACUGAAGCUACCUGUUUCCCCUGUAAGCAAGCGUUCUAACCACAGCUGCUCCUCCCCGGCUCUCUUUUAUGAAGGAGGGCUGCUAAUGAAGUCGAGGUCUACAUACGCAGAACACAUUCACAUUCAACAGAGGGAGAUUUAGUACUCAACACUUUCUACCAACUCCUGAAGCCAUUUUCCAAGUGUAAGGACCACAACCACAACAGACAAUGCUGGGAUAUACAAGUAGAGUUGCUUUAUUCAGAGCAAGAACCUCUUUCACUGAGAAGUACAUCAACUUUCAAUAGGGACUUACAUUUCAUUGUUAGCUUAAGACAGUUAGGGCCUUUAAAGUCAUUUACUGCACUUCAGUGAUGUUCCAAAACCAGCCUCAGCUUAGCUGCCCACAAAGGCCUUGUCUAUGUGAUCACAUUAAGCUGCUGGCAAGGAGGUGUGGACAGUGGCUGGACUGCAAAUGACAAAUAGCAUACCUGUGGGUAACAGCAACAAGUCAUGGCAACAAGUAAGGGGCAGAAACUUAAUAUACUUACAACUAUUUGAGCCAUACAGCACAGUCCCAUAUUAUCUCUCACUCCCAAGAACCGUGUGGAUUCCCUUCCUUCAAGCUGCUGCAGCAUUAAUAAUGCCAUGUAGACAAUCUCCAUUCUAAACAGGAGACACUGUACCUCAAGUCAUGCUCCAAACAGAAAUUCAUGUUGUGUCUCCCAUAACAGGAAAGAGUUACUAUGCAUUUCCUUAAUUGAACAGGCCUCUCAGAAGCAACAUUGCAAUACACGUUGUUGUAAUCAGGAAAGAGCAGCACUUAAAAGGAUUGUAAAGAAGCAGAGGCCCUGAUGAACUGAAGCAGCAGUUAAGCUGUUAAGAAGUGCCCUUUGCUUUUACAAUUGCAAGCAGACCAACUAGAGCAUGCACACCCUCCACAAUUACCAGCUGGUACAAAAUUUCAAACGAAAUCAGAAGUAUAUAUUCCUGCACAGGGACUGCAGCCAAGGCACUUCAAAUGACAGCAUGCAUCUUUUUUUCCUUCUCAAUACUUCUCUCAACCUUUUUCACCUCAACGCUGCUAUGAAUACUCUCAUUGUCCUCUCAAUCUAUUCGGUUUCUCUAUCUUGGGAACUUACUUACUAUGUACUACAUUUUCUUUUUAAGUGUUACACUCUGUUUUCACAUUAAAAGUUGAUCUUCA